AUGGAGGUGGAGUUCGCGACCUGGCAGCAACCACCCAGCACCAAGCAGAACAAGGGCUACGCGUCCAAGUUUCGGCUCUCGUGCGACGGCUGCUCCAAGUCCAAGGUGCGCUGCAACCACGAGCGGCCAUCCUGCCAGCGCUGCCACCAGGCUGGCAUACGCUGCGUAUACAGCGUGUCGCGGCGGACUGGGAAGCCACCAAAGUCGGCCAGUAAUAACGAGGAAGAAGCUGUGCAGGCCAGGAGCAUUUCCGUCGCCGUCCAGACCGAGACCUCGCCGUCUCUUCCAUCAACGAUGCCCCCAUCGACGGAGCCGACUGCAUCAACGAACCUGUUACACCGCAGCAGCGAUAGCACGCUAGACGGCUUCUUGAACUAUGAUAUGACGGACGUGGAACCGCUCUCGUCGCACUUUCUCUCCGACGAGCUAGGCCUCAAUAACGUCUCCAACAACCACGACGACCUCAACCAGCUAGUGCAGGCCCAUGGCUUCAGCGAGCAGAUGAUCAACGACGAGCUGGGGCUGUGGAGUCUGGAUUCGGCCGUCAACCGCGUGAACGAGAGGCCCGGAUGUCAUUCCAUACUCCCAUUGUCAGAAAAGACAGCCGCAAUAAACGACAGCGCGCCGUGCAUACAGCUCACGUCAUCCACACUGCACAGCCUGUCCGUGCCUUUCAGCUUCUGCACCACCUUCCCCAGCGUCGUGGCACCCAUCACCAUUGACCGCGUGCUCAACACUGACCGCGAGGCCAUAGCCGCACUAUAUACAUUGCUGCAGUGCAUCUGUGCCCAAAGUUGCAGUUCGUCCAUGUCCAUAGCGCUUAUCAUCCUCAAGAUCCUCGACUCGUAUGGUGCCAUCGCCCGCCCAUCCCCUUCCCUUCUCCCACCAAUGAGUCCCCCUAGCACCGGCACCGACACCAGCACCAACACCAGUAGCAACAACAAGAAGGAGGGUGGACACGAGAGCAUCCCAGACUCGCAGUCGGCGAGCCUCCCGCCGAGCUUCGCACCGGCCGGGCAGCACAUGCUACGCCGGGUCGAGCGGGUGGUCGAAGCGUUUGGGCGGCGGUAUGGCGGCGAUGUAUUCCACGGGGCGCUGGAGCAGUUCCUGCGCUCCCGCGUCCACUCCGUGCGCAACGAGCUGGACGCCAUCCUGGAGCGAAUAGCACAUUAA